ACGACCUGCCCGCCAAUUUUGAGGGAUGUAAACAGUGUCGUGCUCUCCCGCUGACUGUGUUAUGUAGAAAGUUAAUCUUCCAGCAAACUAAGAACGAGCACAUUUUCUUUCACAAUGAAUUCGAGUGGAAGAGGAUCUGGUGAUGCAUCCCAACUGGUCUCCAGCAGUGACAGCGACUCCAUUAAAGUGUUUGUUCGAGUGCGACCUCUGACUCAGGGAACCGGGCUGACCACAGAUGGAGAUCAGAAUCUGUGUCUCACAGUUACCUCACCCAACACCAUCCGUCUGCUCUCAAAACCAGAACCACGCACAUUCACCUACGAUCAUGUUGCUGAUAUGGACACAUCUCAGGACUCUGUCUUCUCCAGUGUGGCUAAGAAUAUUGUUGAGUCUUGCAUCAAUGGAUAUAAUGGUACAAUAUUUGCCUACGGACAAACAGGCUCAGGGAAAACAUUCACCAUGCUUGGCCCAUCUGAGUUGGAUAACUUCACAGAUGAACUUAGAGGGGUUAUUCCUCGAAGUUUUGAAUACUUGUUUUUUCUCAUCAACAGAGAAAAGGAAAGGUCUGCUCAGUCUAAGAGUUUCCUUUGCAAAUGUUCGUUUAUUGAAAUAUACAACGAACAAAUUUACGACCUUCUGGACACAGCCUCAGCGAGCCUUUUCCUCAGGGAAAACAUCAAGAAAGGGAUGUUUGUUGAGGGAGCUGUGGAGAAGGUCGUCAACUCAGCUGCUGAAGCCUACCAGGUGCUGUCUAUGGGCUGGCGUAAUCGACGAGUAGCCUCCACCUCUAUGAACCGCGAGUCUUCCAGAUCUCAUGCAGUGUUCACCAUGACUCUGGAGUCCAAAGAGUCCAUUAAUGAAGUGGUGAACAUUCGAAUGUCUCAGUUGAACCUGGUUGAUCUGGCAGGGUCUGAGAGGCAGAAAGACACACACGCAGAAGGCUCCAGACUCAAGGAGGCCAGCAGUAUCAAUCGCUCCCUCAUGUGCUUGGGUCAGGUGAUCAUGGCACUGGUUGAUGUGUCCAAUGGGAAGAACCGCCACAUCUGCUACAGGGACUCUAAACUCACCUUCUUGCUAAGAGAUUCUCUUGGAGGCAAUGCUAAGACUUAUAUCAUUGCUAAUGUACACCCCGGUUCAAAGUGUUUUGGAGAAACAUUGUCUACUUUGCACUUUGCACAGAGAGCAAAAUUGAUCAAGAAUAAGGCCAUUAUCAAUGAAGACACACAGGGAAAUGUGAGGCAGCUACAGGCUGAGGUGAAGAAGCUGAAGGAGCAGCUUGCACUGGCACUCGGGUCUCAGGGAGUGGACUAUGGUAGAGACUUAGCACCUGGAGGACCAGAACUCCCUAUGGUUCCAGCCAUUGGAAAUCAACAGGAUGUCUCGUUUAAAGCAAAGUUUAUGGCUGCUGUUCGUCUGUGGAGGAAACGAGAACAGGAGAAGAGGAUGCUAAUAGAGAAGGUUGCUCGGCUUGAGGAGGCAUGGACCCAGAAAGACAAGUUCAUCCAUUCCAGCCGAAUGAUCAUCAGGUUUCGGGAGGACCAUAUCUCUCGCCUUGAAAAACGAUUGAAGGCAGAACAAGGCUUACUGUCAGACAAGCAGUCUCAGGCUCUGAUUGGCCAGCUAAAAGAAGAGAUCGAGAUCUUAAGGGAUCAGGUUGAGCAUCACCCAAAGAUGAUUCGAUAUACAGCAGAGAACUUCAGUCUUAGGGAGGAGAACCGGCAGCUCCGUUCACUUGAAUCUGUGGUGAAAGCUGAGGAGGCCAUAGGCCAGGUUUCAGCUGAACUGGAAGAAGUCUUCCAGAGGGCUAUGGAGACAGAAAAAAACACAGAAACUCCAGCAGCCUCUUCUACAUGUGUGGCUGUAGAGACUGCAACUGAGAAGCUGAAGGCUCAGCUGCUUCAGAAACAGUCUGACCUCUCAUCUGCUCUGAACGCCUUUGAGGAAUACAAAGAAGUCACCAAGAAACAGUUGUCUCAACUGGAGUCUGAUAAAAGAUACCUCGAGAAGUCUAACAGUCAUUUGGAAAACAUUUUGGAAGCCACCAACGCUUGCAAAAAAAAGGAGGUGUCUGAGCUGAACAGAAUUCAUGUUGAAACUUUAAAGAUUCUCACCACGCCCACCAAAGCAUACAACUUGCGGUCCUGCUUCAUGCCUCUGUCUAGCCCAGAACACCUGAACGGGACAGAUGAUAAAGGAGAUGAUAUUUGGUCUGAGCAGCCUCCUUCAGACAUGGCAGAGAUGGCUCUGACAGAGGAACUGCGCCAAGUGCAUGAACAAACGAGUAAUGUGCAGUUACAGCUGAAUGAUGAGGAGAUGAAGAACCACAAGCUGCUGCAACAAAUUGCAAAACUUGAGGAGCAAAUAGCUGUGAUGUCACAAGAGUCCGCCCGCAAAGACGAGCUUCUUUCUACUGAGCGAGCUAACAAGGAAAGAGAUCAGCUCAACCUGCAAGAAACUGUCGGUGAGCUGCAGCAAAAGCUUCAGUCUGAACAGCAGGCCAAAGAAGUGCUGAGGAGUGAGAUCGGGGAUCUACGCCUGGUGCUGCAGUCCUCCGAUAAGGAGCUGGCCUUCGUGAAGAAUGAGCUAAGAGAUGGCCAGAGUGAGCAGCAGAGAGAGAUGAGCCAGCUCUCCAACAAUCUCAUCAGCACACAGCUCCAACUUGACAAAGUCCAGCUGGAGUGGGAGCAGCUUCUGGAGCAGCAUCGUACUCUGCAGGAUUCAUUUGACCAGCUGCAGGCCGAGGCGAAGUUUGACGCUGAUCUAGCAAGACAGCAGCUGCAGGACAGGCAGCAGGAGAUUGACAAGCUGAACGCACAGCUCACUGAAUUGAAUAAUUCUCUGCAGAAUGAACAGCAGCAGACAAGCACUCUGAUCUCCCAGUUAAAAGAAAACAAAGAAAGCACAUCAAAAGAACUUAUUGAAACUGUGCAGCAGAAUACACAGCUAAAGACACAGGUCUCAGCCCUGACGGCACAAAAUCAACAACAGGCAUCCAAAGUUGUCAAUCUUGAACAAUAUCUCAACUCUGCCAAUGAAACGAUAAAAUGCUUGGAGCAGGAGAUCAAACAGGGAAAAGAUGUUGUUUUAGAUCUGAUGAACCAAACCAGAGACCUCCGCUGUGAGCAGAGCCAGAAGGAUCAGUGCAUUGAACAACUGUCUGAAGACGUCAAAGAAGUCACGGCUAAGUAUAAUGCUGCCUGCCUUGAAAGGGACGAUAUCACAGAACAGAAUUCUAAGAUGCAGACAGAAAUAUGUGACCUGAAAGAAACUUUAGACAGGGGCUUAGCCUCCAACAAAAUUGAGGUGGAGGUUUUGCAGGAGGAGGUUGUUUAUGCCACAGAGGAGGUUGAGAGACUUACAAAGGUUUUGGAUGAGCAGAACAGUCUCCUUCAAGCAUCUCAAGAGCAAACCGCCCACAAGGACGCCCUGAUACAGAAUCUGCAGCAGAAGGUGCAACAACAGCAAGACGCCGUUGAAAGAACUCUCAGAAAUGGAAGUUUCAAACCAGGGUUCGAUCCAACAGUCACACCUAAAUCAUUACCCCGGACUCCCUGCACUCCAUUAAGCUUCAACAGGGACCUGACCCAGGUCCUGGAGAGCCAGGAGCGGGAGCUGGAGAAUCGACGCUCCUCCAUGAUGACCAUGGAGGUUCUUUUAACUGAGCUCAAUGCUGAGAGGACGGCAAAGAACGAGGAGAUCCAGAGGCUAAAGUCACAGCUGACAGAUAAAGAAAUGGUCCGGAUGGAGAUCCAGGCUUUACUUGACCAGUUUUACACAAAGCAGAGCCAGAAUGGAAACAAUAAUAGCGAAGAGUUGAAUGAGGCCAUCAAGCAGUCUAUACGUAAAGAGCUGCAGGAGGAGAGAGCAGAGAAGAGCAAAAUCGAGCAGAAGCUGUCUGACACUCUGAAGAAACUGCAGGCGCAGGAGUCCAUGUUGACCCAGUCUCAGACCUGCGUUCAGGACCUGACUGCUGAGCUCAGAAACCGCUGUCUGGAGCUGAGAGAGCUGAACCACAGAGUACACGACGAAGAGAAGCUACUUCAGGAGAAUGAGGUUCUCCGUAAGCAGAAUGUGCAGCUGUCGGAGGAAAAUGGAAAACUUGUGGGCCAUAAGAACCACAAACAGAGGAUUGAAUAUCUUGUGAAGCUGAAAUUAGAGAACACCAAACUUCAAGAGGAAAAUAAAAAGCUCAGGACGGAGAGUGGUUUAAUGCGAGACAACACAGGAUGUUCUGUGAUGACGUGAAAUGCUGUUAUUUAGUUGUUUGAAGAGAAGAGAACUUCAUCUCAGUCAGUAACUUUUUAAGUCCACUUUUUACUGAGUUAAAGCAAAAAAAGAAAUUGUGACUUUUACCUUGUCUCAUUCAGGUAGUUGAUGACAUAUUUUUAUAUAUUACAUCAAUCACAAUGUUUUUCCUCGAGAAUAUUGUCCCUUUUUAAACUGAACUGUGAUACCAGCAGCUUUGACAGUAUUGAAAACUUAGUCCAGCUAUAUCUUGUGAAGUCAUUUAUUUUCUUAGACUCAAGUGAAUUUGAAAAAUUGAUGCAUUACACCUUUUAAUGUGAAAUCUACAGAAUUUUGUUCACAAUUUGGUGAUUGUCUGUGUAUGUCUGAGUUGUUUCCACGCUAGAUGGUUUCCUGUAUUUUCCAAUCAUCUUGAGGUGUAUGGCCAGUGUCUAUCUUAGCAUAAUCACUAUUCUUUUUUUAUUACUGUAAUUAAAAAAAGUUUUUUUUCCGCCA